GGGAACCACCACACAAAGUUUCGACUCAACUUCGUCUUCACCCUCAACAAGUUGCCUUGAAAUAUCCAUUGGCACUACCAGCGGCAGAGGUCAAUCGGGAGGCAACAUCUUCACUUAAUCCAAAACACUAUAAAUCAAAUUUACAAUGGGUGCUUCUCGUGCUGACAAGGGAAUCUACUUUGAGAAAUUAAAGGAGCUUCUCAACAAAUACGCCUCCAUUUUCUUGGUCAAUGUCGACAAUGUUGGUUCAAAUCAGAUGCAUCAAAUUCGUGUAGCCCUCCGUGGCAAGGGUGUCGUCUUGAUGGGCAAGAACACCAUGGUCCGACGCGCCCUUCGCUCUAUCCUAGCCGAAUACCCUCAAUACGAGCGACUCCUCCCCUACGUCAAGGGUAACAUCGGAUUCGUCUUCACUGACGAAGACCUCAAAGAGAUUCGUGAAAUCAUUGUCGCCAACAAAGUUGCUGCCCCAGCUCGUGCCGGUGCCUUUGCCCCCAAGGAUGUCACUGUCCCAGCCGGUAACACUGGUAUGGAGCCCGGCAAGACUUCGUUCUUCCAGGCUCUCGGUGUCCCCACCAAAAUUGCUCGUGGUACCAUCGAAAUCGUGUCCGAUGUUAAGGUCGUCGUUGCCGGGACACGUGUUGGAACCUCUGAGGCAACCCUCCUCAACAUGCUUAACAUUUCACCGUUCACAUACGGUAUGACUGUCGUGCAAAUCUUCGAUCAGGGCAACAUUUUCUCUCCCGAUGUUCUGGACAUUGAUGAGAAAGAGCUCAUCGACCGCUUCUUGUCUGGUAUCAAGACGGUUGCCGCCAUUUCAUUGGCUCUCAACUACCCGACUAUCGUCUCGGUUACCCACACCCUUGUCAAUGCCUAUAAAAACCUCAUCGCUAUCUCGCUCGCUACUGAGUACACGUUUGAAGGUUCUGAGAAGGUCAAGGAGUACCUCGCCAAUCCUGAUGCUUUCGCAUCAGCAGCUCCGGCUGAAGAGGCCGCACCCGCUGCCGCAGCGGCCGUGGUGGAAGAGAAGGAGCCAGAGAAGGAGGAGGAGUCCGACGAUGACAUGGGCUUCGGUCUGUUCGAUUAGAGGGUUUCCGGAGUUCCGCAUCGUGUAUCUGAACAUAUUGUUGUGUUGUACUGAUGAAAAUAAUGAUUUCCUGAUAUUGCGG